AAGAUGAUUCUAAGUACAUUUUUAAGUAAAGAAAAAUUAAAAAAAAGGGAGGUCCCCAAAUUUAGUGAUGAUAGCAUUAAAGUAAAAAUGAUUAAAAUGAGAAUAAUCCCCAAAUUUAGAUAUGAAGGUCCCCAAAUUUGGCGACUAGCAUUAGAGUUGGUCUAACAAAAAUCUAAUUGUACGUGACAAAAACCGCUUCGGAGUAAAAUUUAGUUUUUAUAAACAUGUUCAUAUAGUGGAGCAAUGCAGAGAUGGGUGAUUUCUCAAGAAGUCACUAUGAUGCAGCCAAUAGCAAAAUUGUACAGGGUUGGAUCCAAAGCUGACACUACAUUGGUAAGAAAAGAGUUGAAUGAUGCAAGUUGUAUUUGCGUCCCUCUUGAACAAUAGUAGAACAAACCCCAACAAUGAUGUUGAGUCCCAAAAGGGCAUGUAAUGUAACACAUUAGUCAAAUCCACGGAGAGAUUCAUGAGCUAAAAGGAACAAUCCAACCUUAACUGACAAACUGCUAUAUGCGGUGGAAUUAAUGAGCUCUUGUAAGAGCACUGAAGUUAAACGUGUUAAGGGUGGAGUAAUGCAGAGAUGAGUUGUCUCUUGGGAUGUCACCAUGAUGUACUUAAAAGCAAAUUAAUGCGGCUUUGUGUCCAAAGCGGACAAUAUCUUGGUCAGAAAAAGGAUUGAGAUGUUACACGACGUAUCAAAGCCUCUAUGCAUCCCUUUUGAAUGACGGUGAGGCGAAAAUCAACGAGGAUGUUGAGCCCCAAUAGAGGUGUAAAGUAACACGUUAGGCAAAUCCCACAUCGACAAAGUACAAGAGAGAUUCAAAGUCUAUAAGGAACAAUUCAAUCCUAAUUGACAAAUAUGGGUGACCUCUUAAGAAGUCGGCAUGCAUAUGGUGCACCCAAAAGGAAAACAGGUCCAGGAUUGAACUCAGAGCGCACAAUAUCUUGACCAUAAAAAUGGUUGGGAUGUUACAUUUAACAUUGGACGAUAUAUAUGACAAAGAUUAGAAUAGGAUGGGUUAGCUCAGUACCCUUACGACCCAACUCAUCCCGCGGAAGCUAAGGUCGAGUCUAGGUAAUGUAUUAGGGUUUUUGGUUGGGUUAUCAGUUCAAUUGGGUUUGCUUAUUAAUUUUUUUAUUAGUAUUUUAAAUGACGUGGCAUGCUGACUGGUUGGAAGUAACGAUUUUUUGGAUGGAAAUGGAUGGAAUUACCUUUUCGUUAUUAGUCCAAACAUUUAUUACUAAAACGUACAAAAUUAAAAAUUUGUGAACAUUUUGUACAAAGUGAAUAAUUUUGUCAUCAUUUAUGAUAAUUAGCCAUUCAUAUAAAACGCAGUAGUAAACUCAUAACUACAUCCCGGAAAAAAAAUCAGUAGGGUUUCGUCCCGCUCCAAUCCCCUCCAAUUCCAGUGCACCAUAUUCAUCACGUCCCUUCUGUCUUCUUUUCGAAUAGCUCUCGCGAGCUCGUUCUCCCCGGCCGGUAAGCGUUUCUACUUCUCUCGUCGUCGUCUCUCCUCCAUGCAUGCAUGCUCAUCAGUUACGUUUCUCUCGGUGCCCUAAUAAGCUCCAUGAAUCUUUCUCACUAGAAACUUAGCUUUUAGGUUUUGGUUUCCUACGCCCUUUAAUUUCUCGGCAAGUGGUCUUUCUUCUGUGUUAAGAUAUCGUCUGAUUGAUUGAUUUUUUUUUUUUUUCAUUUUGUUUCCCCGGAACUCAGCAAAACCCUAGCUAGCGGCUAAUAUAUGUAUCUAAACUCUUAUACUAUGUUGUUGCCUCUGUUAGAAGAACUCUCCGAUCCAAUGGAUUAUUCCGGAUUGCCGGUGGACAUACUAGACAAGAUAGUAAACCAGCACUUGCACGCCUUGUCCCAGUUGCUCGCCUUCUCCGGAGUCUCCAAAUCAUGGAGAUCUGUGGCUCUUCCACACCGCCACCGCUUGCUCCAAUCCAUGCAGCUUCCUGGCCUCCUCAUCUCGCAAGCCUCCGCCAUCCUGCCGGAAUCCCCCGCGCCCUCUCGUUACUGCGGGCCGCCACACGACUUCCUUCCCCUCAUCACCACCACCACCAUGCAGCCAAUAACUCCAUCGCCAACAGUAGUACCAAGCACCAAGAGCACAAGGAGAAAGCGGCUGCCGCGGGUGAUGCUCCCUCACUUCCCAUCCCUAUCCGAUGUAUCCCACAUCCUACGCGAAUCGGAGCGCCACAAAAAGAUGUACAUCGACUUCGACGACCACCCUUACCUCGGCUCCACCGUGCAAUCCAAACUCUACGUGGCCUCCAAAGACGGGUGGAUCCUCAUCAUCCACCCACGCCGCCACGGCGUCAACUUGUACCUCUUCAACCCGAUCACCAAUUCCUCCAUCCCUCUCCCUCCUCUCCCUUUCCCCGCCAAUCCCAAGGACAUCCUCAAAGCACUCAUCUCCUCUUCCCCUGACUCGGACCAGGAUACUUGCUGCUGCUGCCACGUCAUCAUUCUCUUCCGCUCCUUGCCCCAACUGGCCUGGUGCAACGUGCAGGAGGCGGCUGCUGCUGCUGCUGCAACCAAGGAUGAUGACGACGACCAUGAUGGGAGGAGAGCAGGAGGUUGGAAAUUCACGAGCCGGGAUUAUCGAAUUGUCAACAUUAUUUACCAGUGGCGGGUUGACAUGGACUACUUCGGAGGGAAGCUGUACGUGCUGGAGGACGGAGAGCACGUGUCUGUCGUCGAGGGACUGCUUACCUGUAAACUUUCUGUGAGAGUGUUCCCGCUCUCUCCGGCCAUGUCGUACAUGUCGAGCUGGCGGGCCAGAGCUCGCGAAGACUACUACAAGACCUCUUACCACUUGGCCAACCUCCGUGGUCAGCUCCUCGUUAUCCUGAGCCAUAGAUAUGACUGGUACAACCCGACUGACCCCAACUCCGUGCUCAAAUUCGAGGUGUACAAGCUUGUGUCGAUGAAAGGAGGCGAUAAGGGUGGUAGUAGUACUAGUACUAGUUAUUUCUGGGCAGAAGUGACUGACUUGGAUGGUCACGCUGUGUUUUUGGGGUCUCACCAGUCAUUCUGCCUUCCUGCGGAUCCACUCAACAAUGGGGUUAAAGGAAACCGCAUCUACUUCGUUUUUGAGGACUAUGGCUCCAAUAACUAUGGCAAUGGCUGUGGCAUGUUCGAUCUUGGGAACCAAAGGGUUGAGAGGUUUUGUCAUCAUGAUCCUAAUGACAAGAUGAUUGUGGAAAGGAAGGCGCGAAGUUUUUGGUUUCUCCCCAUGCCCUGGGAUAUCCAAAAGCACAGAAAGGAUCAAGAAAGGAUGUUGGAGCACGCAAAACCAAGGCCAGCCGUGGACGUCGCCAAGGUAACGAAGAGGAAGAGCAAUAAUAACAAAAAGCAUCAGCAGCAACAACAUGAUGGUAAUAAGGUCUCUCGUCUGGCAAACAGAUUCCAAGCUUUAUUAGACGAAGACGAAGACGAAGACGAAGGAUGAGCUGAUGAGCAUGUGCACGAUGUGGAAGAAUUGCCAUGAGUAGUACUUUUGCCUACCGUCAGUUACUAUUCCAGCUAUUGUCAUCUUGUCUAAUCUGCAGCAGAGCCUGUGGAAGAACAAAAACAUUAGAUCAGUUGGAGGAAAGAACUGGGUUGCCACAGUGACAAAUCCGUAGUGGAAGGUUUCGAUCAGGACCAACAUUCAAUUAUAAACAAUUCUCUGAAGAUGGUAUAUAUAUAGAGAGAUUUUUGUUAGUAAUUGAAAUAAUAGUUGCAGGUGGCGGCCAGCAUAAUCAUUGUCCAAUAUAAAGGGACGGGGCUUCUUUUCCUUAUUUAUUUGUUCUGAAUUUAUUCAUUUGGUGACAACUGAGAAACAAAACCAACCCAUAAAUUUGAGUCAUCUAAUACCCCACUAAUGAUCAAGCAAAAGUGUCUAUAAUUCCCCUUGUUGCAGGAUCUUUUGGAAGCUGUAUUGCCUUUUGAUAUGUUGUCAGACAGAAGAAACCGGUCCAUAUCUCUUGAAAGGUUGUGAGUGGCGAUGCAAAUGAGCCAAGUCAAGUCGAGUUUUGCUUAAUUUGAGCUCGACUGGUUUCCUAACAAGCUGAGUUAGAUCGAGUUUUGGCUCAUCAAUCAGCUCAUGAGCUCGGCUCAUUUAUAAGUCUAAAUGGUUUAACCCUUAAAUUAAAUUUCUAAAAUAAUUUAUAACUUGAAUACCAUUAUAUUUGUAUGCCAUAUAUUAUACAUGUGGUUAAUGAAAAAAGGAUAAUAGUCAAUUUUCAUUACUAAUUUAUCUCAUAUUUGUAUGCUGCUGAUAUAAUAUAAUUUAGCACAAUAUAAUUUAGCACGUAAUUUAUAACCGAAUGAAAGGAGAUAGGGAUUUUCAAUUUAAUCGGAAAUGGGAAUUACAUCCGUGAAAAUAACAAAAUUUUAUGAGAAAGGAUUGCUUUCCCUUCUUCUUUCAAAACCAUAGCAGCAAGCUCUAAACUUAUUUGUUUUAUUUAUUUAUGAAUAAGGUAGCUGUUACAACAAGGAAUAAGCACUGCCCUAAGGUGCAGCCACCACGGAGGGCGGGAUACGCACUAUUACAACUCUAUAAGAGACAAAUGUGGUAUAUGUAUUUAAAGGAAUACAGAGACAAAUGUGGAUCCUAUUGAAACAUAUUUUCAUUGUCUCUAGUCCAUUUUUUAAAUACUUCUUGAAAAGAUGCAGAGAAACUCUACUUCAUUCUACAAAAGUUACAGCAUAAUCAACUACCAAUCAUACAAAUUUAAACAAUAUUGUCAUGAAAGAAGUUUAAACAUAAAUAAUCGAUUCGACG